AUGAGUAAUAAUUCAGUGCAAGGUGAUCUAUCCCCGGGAUCAUUUAUCGUUAUCGAAUGGUCUUGGGGGUUGAUUACCACUUCCUAUCUCAUUAGUGUCUUGGGCUCCUAUACAUACUUUCAGAUACUAUCUCAACUUGCACUUUCCAAAGGUAGAUUAGUUAAACAAUUAUAUCUUGCAUUAAGUUCAUUAUCAUUAGGAGGAUGUGCAGUUUGGAGUAUGCAUUUCAUUGGUAUGAUGGCAUGUAAUUUUGUGGGAACACCAGUAUCUUUUGAUGUUGGCCUGACAAUUCUCUCUGGGCUAGUUGCAGUCAUAUCAUGUAGGAUAUGUCUGAUGUUUUUAACAACUAAAUUUCCACCUUGGUUAGUCGAAUAUAUUGGAGGUGACCAAGAUCAUCCACUGCUAAUUAAUUUACCAACACCCAAUCAUAAUCUUAACAAUAAUAAUAAUAAUUACGACUAUAACGAUGAUCCAGAGAAUGAAAUUGGAUUAAAUCAAAGUUACUCUGGUCUCAAAGUGGGACUUUCAUCAUCACCUAUCUAUUUUAAUCGCAACUUCUUAGUAAAACCAUAUUUCAAAGAUAAUUCCAACUUUCAUCUCGAGAGGGAGCCAUCGACUCCCGAAAUUUCACCACCGGAUUCACCGUACGACAGUGAAUCGAAGCCACUGUUUUACAAUCAAUCUUUUUUAAAUCCCCAAACAAACACUACAACUACUACAACAUCAACUAGUAGUACAACAACAGCCAACAUCAAUAUACCAUCUAAUAGCAAUUCCACCCAUAAUCACCAUCACCAUCACCAUCACCUUCAUCAUAAUAAUAAUCGUUCAACACCAAACACUGCGGCUAGUAGCAUUAAUAGCGAACAAAAUAUAUAUUGUAUUAAUAAUGAUCAUCCAAGUUAUUUAUCUUCAUCAGUUUCAUCAUCAAACUCAUCAAACUCAUCGAUCUAUAAAAACGAUACCUUUGUAAAUUCACAUUCACCUAAAAGCCAGAGCAUUGGUUUUGAAUUAGAGAAUCUAGAGAAUCCACUUGAUUUUAGUAGCAGUGAUUUCCUCAGUCACUCUGGUACAAUACCAAAAAAGAAAAAAUCAUUCUGGAUGAAAUUCAAAAAAUACAUAUUUCACAAUGGAUUCAUGUCAUCCAACAUAUGGUAUAACAACAGGAAUACCUUUUUUAGACUUACAGCUGGUAGCUUCUUACUUGCCAUCGGUAUUUUCGGAAUGCAUUAUACAGGUAUGAUGGCAAUGAGAAUGAACGCAUCCUCACACUAUAUCGGAUGGAUAGUGUUCCUAUCUUUCAUCAUCGCAUGGCUGGCAUCGUUUGCAGCACUCUAUAUCACAGCUUUCUCCAACACACAUCUUCAACAUAUCCUCUCGGCAAUCAUCAUGGGACUGGGUGUAUGUGGUAUGCAUUACACUGGAAUGAAAUCAGUUGAUUACUACUACGAAGAUAUGGGAUACACCAACAACGAUAAUAAUUUUUAUUUGGCAUUAAAUAUAUCAUUAAUGUCACUAAUAGUAUGUUUCUUUUGUAUUGUUUUAACAUCGAUUGUAAAUAAAAGAGUAAGAGAUAAGCUAUCAAAGUUGACCAACGAAUUGAAGAUGGAGAAAUUAAAAUCAGAUAUCUUAAUUAAUUCUAUUUUACCAUCUGCAAUUAGUAAUAAAAUGAAACAAGGAGAGAUUUAUGUUGCUGAAGAAUGCUCAGGAAUAACAAUCAUUUUUGCCGAUAUUGUAAACUUUACAAAAAUGACCAAUAAUUACUCUCCAAAGAACCUUGUAUUAAUGUUGAAUAGAUUAUAUUCACUUUUCGAUGAUCUAUCAGAAACAAUGAAAUUAGAAAAGAUUAAAACUAUUGGUGAUUCAUAUAUGGUAGUUUGUGGAUUACCAUGGCAUAUGGAUUGUGAUGAUACCAAUACAAUUUCACCAGAUCUCACUUUUGAAGGUAGCAAUCUAGUGGAUCAAAAAGUUAGCUACAAUGCAAACAAAGCAAUCAUGUUUGCCAAUAACCUUUUAGAUUUAGUCGAGAAGGUAAACCAAAAGUAUGGUUAUGACAUCCAUCUAAGAAUAGGUAUUAAUACAGGUGAUGCUAUAGCUGGUGUCAUUGGAAAGAAGAGAUUCUCUUUUGAUUUAUGGGGUGACGCUGUAAAUGUUGCAAGUCGAAUGGAGAGUUCAGGUAUUCCAGAUAAGAUUUGUGUUAGUGAAAAUACAUUUAAUCUACUGAGUAAGAAAUAUGUCUUUGAAAAACAAUCGAUCACUGUCAAGGGCAAAGGUGACAUGGGACUCUAUAUUCUUAAUAGAGACAAUCUAAAGAAUGGACACUCUGAUAUAUUCGAACCAUUCAAUGAUAAUAGUCAACAGCAAGUUGUUAUUCCAACGAUAAGGGACACCAACUAUAUCGAAGAGUUUACACCAUCGACCUCCUAUGUUAAGAGAGGAAAUCCACAUAUAUCAAAUCAUUUCCAUUCCUCGAGCUUUAUCAACAAUGAAGGUGGCAGAGGUAAUUCUUAA